CACGCCGCUCUAAGGGAUACUACACAUCCCAGAAGUCUGCAUUCCCGCAGUUGCGGAGACUAUCGGGGACGGCGUGAUUUACGGCUUGACAUGGCUGCUUUGACCGGAUCUUUGGGUCUCCUGUUGGGGCCCGUCAGUAGGUCGGCAGCACUGCUGGGUUGUAGGUGGCUGCAGCCGUGGGGCCGGUUGGGACUCCCUGAUCCCUGGGGUCUCCCCUCAGUACAGCAGACCCGGGGCAGAGCGCGCGGGAAUGAGUAUCAGCCGAGCAACAUCAAACGCAAACACAAGCAUGGCUGGAUCCGGCGUUUGAGCACGCCGGCAGGUGUUCAGGUGAUCCUUCGCCGCAUGCUGAAAGGCCGAAAGUCGCUGAGCCAUUGAGGAGAGCCGGGUCACCGCCGGGACAUCCAGUAGAACGUUUCCCUCGCUUCAUACUGUCAACUGCUGCUGUUUUGUGUGGGGUUUUUUUGGGGGGGAGGGCUGAAGGGUGGAAGAGGAGGGAAGCCCUGUGUAGCAGGACUACUCAGACAAAAGUCGUGCUCAAAUUUGAGGGCUAGCCUAGGGGGAGAAGUCUGGAGUUGGACUGGGAGGGGGAGUGGAAAGAGAUUUUGCCAGUUUCCUUUUUAGUAAGAACCUCGUGCAUACACAACAACUCACAUACUGGCACAACGAACUUCUGGUCUCCGGUUACCUUCAACUCCCCGCACCUCGGUUUUUUUUUUUUUUGAAGCAAAUCUCAGACACGGGGUUGUUUAGAAUGUAUUAUCCAAGAUGAAGACUCUUUAAAAUAUAAUCACAAAGCUUUUCAACCCCCAAAAGAUCGAUUUCCUAAUAUUUUUAAAUAUCUAAUAAAUGUCCUUAAUUCCACUUGUCAUAUAUGUCAUAAUUUCCAUAGGCCUGGGAAAGCUUGCAGAGAUUUGGAAGGGUUUGAAUUUUCGCUUUCCCCUUGGGAAUGGACUGUGUGACCUAGAGUAAGGCCUUAGCCACCUGAGAAUUUUUGGCUUAUAUGAAAUGUGAUGCUUGUUUCUCCAGUGCUGUGUUGUCUCUGGAGUAAUAAUACUUAUCUAUUAACGCAUAGAGUGCUUUCUGAACGUUGGGUAUCUGGUCCUUGCCCUGAAAGGCCUGCUGAUUGUGGA